GACGGCCGGCGUGCGGAGAAGCCGUGACGCAUGCUGAUAACGCCAGUAUAUCUCUGUGCGACUAUCUACUUUGUCCCAAGGUGCUUAAGGAGUUGGCCGCUUAAUGCAAGACGUACGCGAAAAAGACAAUUUUUGCCCAAGUAGCGGCUGUUUCUGCAUUGAUUAGCGCUAAGAGAAAGGUCAGUAGAUACACUGGCCCGCGUUUCAAAAUAAACCGCGUCGCUAUUUCGCCCUCUGAAGUUUCGGGGCGGAAGCAGCGGAGGUCAUAUAGUAUGCGUGUAAACAUGUGCCGCUGUAAGUGUUUUGUGGUCGGGCAUGUGUGCUUUUCGGGCCGGCUAAACUUGUGAGGCGCACGACCAGUGCCUUGUCAUCACAAGCAGUCUGGUGCAGACCCGCUGUGAAGAACAAGAACUAUUAACGACCGCAUUCUUCGAAGAGACAGCCUCCAGCAGCUGCAUGGCUGAUGGCGCUGCUGCUGGCAUGGGGCCAGCACGGUCAUAUGCCUUCUUUGUUAGCCUUGUCAUCAUUUUCAUGCUGGUGCUCAUUUUCACCAAGCCAUCAAAGGAGAUUGGUGUGCAGGUGGCUGCAACUGCCAUGAUAGUGCUGCUGGUCAUGGCAGGUCGUCAGUGCUGCUACCUGCUCUGUGACCUGCAGCGGCUGCAAGGGAAAUCUGCUAGUGGUAUCCUGAACGCAGCAGUCGAAUGCUUUCAAUUGCCAAGGACAACAUGGCUGGUGAUCCUUACGUGCACCAUUCUCUCCUUUCUGACUGUCUAUGAAGAUCCCAACGAGCUGUCAGCCACACUCAAGAGACAGGGCCAUGUGCAUUUCCUGGUGGCCUUUAUCACUAUGCUCUGCGCCUGGGAACCAUCGCAGAUGGAGCAACAGUAUGAGCUCGGCCACCUGGGGUCCUUACAUGUGGGCGAGAACCUUGCCUGGGCCUAUGCUUUCAACUAUCUUACUGUACUCACUGACCCAUGCAGCAGAGUCCACGACCGUUCCUUGUGUUCUCUUCUAGAACGGAUGACACAAUACGAGCAGGACAACGAUGUGGUCCUUGCCGUCAAGAAACUGAUCAUCCUUAUGCCUCGUUCAUGCUACAUUGAGCCGGAGUUGGGCGUCGGUGGAGACGAUGACAUCGAAGUGGCCAACCACAUGGACGAACUGAAGAUAUCUCGUGCCGGCACGCGGGAACGGAAAUACACGAAUACUGUGUACAAAAUCAGGAACGGCGACGACAGUCCGUACUACUGUGUGGCAGAGGGUGCCAGUCCGCUGCUGACGCUGAACGACAUGCAAGAAUGUGGUGAGCUGACAGUGGAGCAGAAGCGGAUGCAGAUGAGCAAGUUCAGUGACAAGUUGCGUGACCUCGUGAACACCAAUGCAGCUUGUCGGUCACGCAUUCUCUUAGUGGAGUAUGAGGACAUGACUGAAGAUAGCCGUUCGGUACCUGUCUCGUCUAUCCUCCGGAAUGCCAUCAGGAAGGAGCAAGGGCUGACCUAAUUGAUAUGUUUUUUUGCACAGACACUUAUAUCAAUAAAUGCAGAAUUUUUUUCCCCAU